AUGGCGUCCAUCUUGAAGAGUCAAGCGGCUUUUGAAGAAAGGGCCAAAGAAUGUGGUCUGGCGCAAGCUGAGCUCGAUGUGCUUGUGCGUAAGGGGCUGACUUCCUUGUCGCUCCUUGCCUUCAGCGUCUCGACCCCGGGCGAAGUGCCACAGGAAGCUGAACUCAGGUCCAUCCUUGACCCCGCGGACCCCACAACUGUGCCGUUGCGUGCACUGUCGGCGCUGCGGCGCCUCAUGUUUGAAGCUCAAACUUUGUCGAUCGCACAGCUCAAGAGCUCGAUUGAGGGUGAAGGUGAAAGGAAAGCCGAGCUGGCUCCUGCCGAGCGAGCGAAUCGCCUGGCCGAUCAGCGCAAAAGGCUCAUCGGCCUCAGCUUGACGGGCCCUCUGGAAAACGCUUUCAGCAAUUACACUUAUGUCGCUCAGGUCGUUGAUCAGGAUUGCCUUUCCUAUCUGGAGCCCCACAGGUUCCUCACCAGGGCCAUGGAAGUGAAUAGAGAGAAGCCGGGGAAGGAGUUGAUCUUAGAUGAGGGUUCGCGUAUGAGUGUCCGCGACAAAGCCCACAAGGAUAAGUGUGGCAUUCAGAAUGAGCUGCAGCUCUCCGAAGCCUUGUGUCGUAGGGCACUUGCCUGUGAUCUUCUGCAGCUCUGCACGUUUGCCUCCAUGGACAUGUGGCACAGGCAUUUGCUUGCCAAGCUGUCGGAACAGCCGCCUCCCUAUUAUGCCAAGGUUUCGAUGGAGCAGCUGCUCAGGUGCGACAAGGCGGCGUGGGUGCGCAUGAGUGAGCUCUUGACUUCUCUUAAAAAGGAUGAUUCCGGUAACCUACCGAUGGAUGCCGCGCUGGACAAGCUUCAGUAUGAUCCAAAAAUCAUGAUGCAUCUGGCCCCGCUUCCUGGUGCUAAGUGGAAGGGCGAUGGAAAAGGCGAAAAGGGCAUCAAGCGCGAUGCCGAUGGCAAGCCGAAGUUGCCCCACCGUCCCAAUAAAGGCACUGGCAAAGGAAAGUGUCCUGAUGUGUUGUCCGACUCACGCUUGAAGCACAACUGUAGCAAGACCAAGAAGCGCCUGUGUUGGAAUUUUAACUUGCAGGCAGGAUGUAAGUUUGCGAAGGCUGCCGCUGUUGAGGCCGAUUCUUUUAUUGCGGAAGCGAUGAGCCCUCCGGUCUCGACCCAAGCGGCAAACCAUGCAUGCAUGUUGGCACAGAGUGACCCUGUUGGCCCAUUGGAACGUCCCAAGCCGGCCUCCUCAGUGUCUGAUCGAAUUUCAAAUAUUGUGAUUGAUGAGCGAGUUUUUCCCUUGCCCGCUGAGCGGCGAGUGCAUGCCUCUUUGCAUCCUGCAGAGCAAUUUGCACAAGAUGUUCUGUCGUCUGGUGAACCUGUGACAGCAACCUGUGUUGAGCGGCUCUUUAAUUUGCUGCCUUCCAAGGAGGAUGAGCGAUUCAGUUCCGAUUCUGGCAGAUCCUUUGUCGCGGGUGUUUUCCGGCAUGGGGGCGUCGUUGGCCUCACGAACUCCUGCCGUUCUUUUCCCCAAUCGGUCAGCCUGGCCAUCACUUGGGCCAUGCAGCAAGCCGGAACCGAGUUGUCAAAUUUCACAUUUUGCUCAAUUUCUCUGAACCUCAACGUUAAGACUGAAGUUCACCGCGAUGUAAAUAACGAUGAUGCCGACAACCUCGUGUUGGCCGUUACCUCUUUCUCAGGUGGCCACAUCUGGGUGCAAUCCGAAUCGGGCAGUCAUGCGCUGCCUGUCAAUGGGACCCUGAUCCCUGGCGUCUUGUAUGAUGUUGCAGCAGCCCCAGUGCGGUUCUAUGCACGAAAGCGCUUGCAUUGCACAAUGCCUUGGACAGGUGAUAGGCUAGUCUGGCAAUUUUGUUGGAGCCAUGGGGUAUUUUGCUCCAUUGCUCACCCGAGCCGUUCCAUCAUGUGGCUCUCUGCGUCACUUCGGUCCUGUCAGUCUUCGCCUUUCCUCUCCACCUCUCUGCGCCAGUGCAUGUUUGGCUCCUACCGGAGAAAAGCCACUCGCAUUUUGCACACGGUCCCCUUCUUGCAAAAGCUUGGUGUGACUUGUGAUGGCGGCCAUGACCAUGAGCCGUGGCGAUCCCCCGCACAAAAUCGCCUGAAGGAUGCCGGCAUGCCGCCACUCUUGUGCAAGACUUUUGCCCAGGCACUUGUUGAUCAGCUCGUUGCGUGCGGUGCACGCGCUCCGGCGUGCUCUCUUGCAAAUGCUUCCUUGUCGCUCUCCAUGGGCGCCCGUGUUGCUACAGCGACGCAACCAUCGGGUCGCAAGAUCCCUCCACUGGUUCCUGAGUUCGCCCGCACAGUCAAGUUGGCAGGUCCAGCCGAUCAGCUGCCGUGCACCUCAAAGACCAAGCUGGUCUCGGCGUGGGCGGUUCCCAAUACUGUCUUCUGCCAACCUUUCCUUGCAACUUUGCCGCCAGGUUCCAAGUGUCUCCGAGCCAGCCCUGUGGUUCCAGGGGGUCUGGCGCCUGCCUCGGAGCCAGCUAAAGGUACGGUUUUAGGUAGUCCUGAGUCCCCUGCCUCCUCGUGCCUGCCUGCGGUUGCUGAGGGUGUGGUUUUAGGUAGUCCCGACUCCUUAGCUCCCCAAUGCCAGCCGGCAACCUCACCCUUAAAUGCAGCCAGUGCGACACCAAAUGCCAAACCUGAGCUUGAGCUGCUUUUCGGCAUACCUUGGUCGCCUUCGGAGUUCGUCAAGCAGGCCUGCAAAGCGAGACACCCGCGCUCCUUGGACCAAGGCGUGCCAGCCGGCAUGUCGGCAUGUAUUGAGCGCUUGUGUGAGCACAGCUCGGUCGAUGUGGCGAGGGAACGAACGGCCGAACUUCGCAAGUGGAUGCUUAGGAAGAAAGAGCUUGAUGAGAGUUUUGAUGGACCUGAGCACUGCAAGAAGAUCUUAGCUGGAAAGCCUAUGAAGCUCUUCGGGGAGAUGGUCAAGGCUGCCGGACACGCUGAUGUCAACUUGGUACGAGAUAUACAGAACGGUUUCGACCUGCUUGGCGAGAUCCCUUCCUCGUCUGUCCUGCCUAAGAAAACCACGGUGGCUUCUCUCAGUGUCGAGGACGUAAGAAUCGCCACCCCGGCGAACCAGCGUGCGAUUUGGGAGGCUACCCGUACUUGCAGGGAUCCGGAAAUCACUUCUGAAGUGUAUCGCUUUACCCUGGAGGAGCGGGAUAAAGGGUGGCUGACUGGCCCCUUUACUCUCGCCGAUGUGCCGGAGACUGCCAUCGUUACCCGCCGUUUUGGCGUCAGGCAAGGUCUGACGACGACGGCCACCGGUGUGGCGGCUAAGAUCCGUCCCAUCGACGACUUCACAGAAAGCUUGGCUAACUUGUCGUGCACAUGUGCGGAAACCAUCGACCCGCAUUCAGUGAACAUCAUUGUGGCCGGGAUCCUGAAGCGGUGCAGGUUGCUACGGAAGUCCGGAAGGGACGCGCGCUUGCUCCUUCGGACAAUAGAUCUGCGAAAAGCCUAUAAGCAACUUCCUUUGUCGGAGCGCGCCUUGGGGGAUGCUUAUAUAUGUGUGCUUAACCCGAAUACGGGUGAGCCUGAGCUUUACCAAAGCCAGGGGCCCUCUGGGCGGUGGGGCAAGCCGCUUGCCUUGCUCCACAUCCACUGGUCCGUGUUCUUCGAUGAUUAUGUGGUGGUGGCCUCGCCUGAGGAAAAGGGUCACCUUGAUCUUGUGUUGCGGUCGUACUUUGGCUUGCUCGGCUGGGAAACGUCCGACGAAAAGGACGCCGGGGUGCAAAACACGGAGGCUAGGAAGCGCGAGCUUGUGUCCACCAUCGAGUCAAUCGUGCAGCAAGGUGGAGCGCAUGCCAGAGAGCUUGAGUGCUUGCGUGGCCGCCUUCAGUUCGCUGAGUCGCAGGUGUUUGGUCGUGGUGCGGCCCAACGCAUGCGAGCUAUAUCAAAAGCAAUGAAGCUUUCAGGCUUUGUGGUUCUUGACGACUCCUUGACCGAGGCCCUGCUUUUCUUGAAAGAUCGAGUCCUGCACGGGGAAGCAAGGAUGAUCAGGGCCUGUGAUCGCCCCACCUAUCACUUGUUCACGGACGCUUCCUAUGAAGCGGAUAUGCCGGCCGGUCUAGGGGGCAUCCUUUACAGCGAUGGGGGUUUGCUCCUUAGGUGGUACUCCGAGUCUGCCGACACAGACGUUUUAGAGGCCAUAAACCAAGAGGGCAAACAAGGUCUGAUCUAUGAGUUGGAAGCUUGUGCAGCCGUGCAAGGCGUCCUGCAGCUUUGCAACUCCUUGAAUGAUUGCAACCUCAUUUGCUAUUGUGAUAAUGAGGCCGCCCUUGCGGCCCUCAUAAAAUGUGCUUCUGAAUCGCCGGUGGUAGCAUCGCAGCUCAACAAGCUCAGCAUGCUUGAGGACGAGAAGGGAAUCAGCAUAUGGUUCGAAAGACGAGCUUCCUGUCAACUUCAGAGUCCGUUGGAUCCCAGGCGAAGAGCUGUUGUUCUAACGGCAUCUGAUCUUGAAUGGGGAAUGGCAUCAGUUGCCUUUUUGCUUGCUGGAAGUUUUCACUUGCAGGAGUAUGCCGGAAACCUCGUGCAGGACAACUUUCGCUUUUGCCAUCUUUGUACAUCGGCCACGAAUCCAGUUGCUAGCACCUUGAAGCCUGUACCGGUGCCGCUCGUGCCAGUGAUUGUCACGCCAGCUCUCAGGACUAUUACUUUGAAUCAGGCAAGACUUAGGGCCGCGAAUGCGGGCCCACCCGAGGAUGGGAGAGCGCGCGCUACUCAGCGUUUCAAGGUGCUUAUCUUGAUCAAUCUCCUGGCGACCAGGGCAGGGAAACAGAUGACCGACCUUGUCGGUAGGUGCAGUGAUGAAGCCAGGGCUCUUCAGAUUCUCACGGACACAUUAGCACCGAAGUCUACAGGAACGAUCACUAAGCGGUCAGGCGCCUUGUGGCGCUACGCUGCCUUCCUAGCGAACAGGCAUACUCCGUCGCCUUUUUGUGCAGGGGAAGACGAGUUGUACCAGUACCUGCAGCGGCUACGGGGGGAUCAGUGUACCAGUACAGCCAGUUCGUUACUCGAGGCCCUCAGGUUUGCGCAUGGCAUGUUCGGAUUGCUGAAGGUUACCCUUGCGGAGCUCGACUCGCCACGGGUCAAAGGGGCAGCACAUUCCAUGUUUGUUCAGAAGAAGGUACGCGUGCAAGCCCCGCCCAUACCGGUGCCGGUUAUCCUCAAAUUGCUAGAGCUUGCAUCCGACGACGAGCAAGAGGAUCACAUCUCGCUUAUUGCAGGGCAGAUUUUGGUCUGCGUUUUCGGGGUUGGUCGGUGGAGCGACUUUCGUGCAGCACAUGGGCUUGAGAUCGACAUACAUGAGGGGAUCGUUGUUUGGCGCAUGUACACGGCAGAGCAUAAGACUGCGAUCACCAAGGAGGCCAAGACACGCCUCCUUCCAUUUGUUGGAUUAGGGCACUGGCCUAAUUUCGGGAGCUGGAUCAGCCGCUUCGACCGGCUCAGGACUUCUCAUCAGAUUGAGGCAGGACUCCCUUCGUGGGACCAAGCCCGAGGCCAGUGGCACGACUGGCCUAUGAGUUCCUCCGAGGCAACGGCGUGGCUGAGGGAAUUCGCUGAGCUUGUUGUCUCAGCGGAUGAGGCGCAGAAGCUGAGAUCACACUCAUGCAAACACACGCUGCUUAACUGGGCCGGAGGCUCAGGCUUGUUCACUCGUGAAGAGCGCACAUUGUUGGGGCACCACGUGGAAUCUUCCACAAAAUCUGCAACCACCUACGAUGCCAACACCAUGCUGGCGUUGCAGGCAAAGGUCCUGCGCAUGAUCACGGCCAUACAUCAGGGCGAUUACGAUCCAGAUGCGCCCAUGGCCCGGCGCCUUCAGGUGAUGGCCGCUGCUGAGGUCACGCACGGAUCGGGGUCUAGGGAUGUGGCCCCCCUAGAGAGUUCGGAAGCACCACGGAGCUCCUCUUCGGAAGAUGACGGUGCGGCUGAUCCAGGGGAGGUUCUGGAUAUCCAAAGAGACCCCUUGCCUGAAGAGGCAGGUGAGCACACAUGGUUUCGACAUGUGAUCAGUAGCAUUGUUCAUGUAGCUGUUCCGGGUAACGAACAAAGGCUCAAAUGCGGCCGCUUGGUUACCUGCAAUUUCCAACAAGUUGAUCCUAGGAAUCUCGAUCGUGCGCAGAGUUUCUUCUGUGUCCAGUGCAGCCGCCAGUCGGAGUGA